ACUGAGCAGAGAGAAAAUGAGAAGACAUCACGAUCUGCAUGAACUGAAGGCUUUUGUACUGGAAGGAAGAAGAGAUUGUCAAGGCCUCUGUUUGCUCAGUUGCAUUCUUCGUUGCGGCAGUGAAAACGUUGUCCCUUGUUCUGUUCUAUUAUGUGUUUUCUAUUGGGCUCACCUUCUACAACAGACACAUAUUCAAG